CACAGGCCCAAGGCGUCGAGAAAUAUUACAUAUAUACCUCGAGGUCACUUAGCAGUGUACAUUGCCAAUUUGCACGUCGAGUCUUCUACGAACCGCAAACCGGACAACAAUGGCUCAGCUCCAAGGGAAAGUCAUCGCCAUCACCGGCGGGGCGUCGGGGAUUGGCGCAGCCACGGCUCUCGAAUGUGCCGCAAGAGGAGCCUCAGGACUGUCGUUGUGCGACGUCAACGAGGACGCAUUGAAAAAGGUGGUCGACCAGAUACAGGCCAAAGGGGUCAAAGUCAUAGGGCGACGCGUCGACGUCUCGGAUUCCGACCAGGUUGAUGCCUGGAUAGCCGAGACGGUCAAGGAGUUUGGCAGGUUGGACGGCGCCGCCAACAUCGCGGGCGUCGAGACAAAACCCGGCGGCAAGGUCUUUGCAAACAUCGUCGACAUCACCAACGACCACUGGGACUUUAUCAUGAAGAUCAACCUGACCGGCCUCUUUUACUGCCUCCGCGCCGAACUCCGCGCCAUGGACCGCGGGGCCUCGAUCCUCAACGUCGCGAGUCUGGCCGGCCUCAUGGGCCGUCCUGGCAUUGGCGCCUACUCGACCAGCAAGCACGGCGUUGUCGGCCUGACGCGAACAGCAGCCAAGGAAGUCGGCGAGCGCGGCAUCCGAGUCAAUGCUCUUGCUCCUGGUCCUAUAGAAACACCCAUGCUGGAGAGGUUGCUCACAGAUGGCGGUAAGUCCGAGCGGCCAGUCACAAACACGUACAAGACUUUGCCUCUCCAGCGACUGGGAACUGCUCAAGACAUGGCAAAGACGAUCUGCUUUGCCCUAAGCGAUGAUUCCAGCUAUACGACUGGAGCCACAUUUUCGGCAGAUGGCGGUGUUGCCUGCUAAGUAGAGAAAAAAAAUCUUCACUCUCCCUUU